AUGGGUCGCAAAGCCGAGGUGCAGCGCAUGAUGCUGGAGAAGCUCAUGGGCCCUGAAGCCAUGGGUAUCCCGACCGCCAACUUACACUUCACCGACCCCAAGGUGUGCCGUAACUUCUUGUGCGGCACUUGCCCACAUGACCUCUUUGCCAACACAAAAGUUGAUCUAGGCCCAUGUCCCAAAUCACAUACACCAAAGUACAAAGACGAAUACCGCAAAGCCCUGGCCUCAGGCGAACGCUUCCCCGACUUCGAGCGCGAACACGAGCACAACAUCUUCGCCUUCAUCAACGACAUUGACCGCAAGGUUGCCGCUAACAAACGUCGUCUCGAGCAGACACCGGAAGAGCUCGCCAAGUUCGCCAACAUGAACCGCGAGAUCUCGGAAAUCGAAACCGCCCUAGCAGCAGUCAUGGCCGAGGUGGAAGCAUUAGGAGAGCAAGGACAGAUCGAAGAGUCGCUCGCCGAGCUGGCCAAAGCCGAUGCACUCAAAGAGGAGAAAGCACAGAAGGAGAAGGAGCUACACAAUGCACAAGAGAACUCCGGUGCGAGUGGACACCAGAAGUUGAGGGUUUGCGAUGUAUGUGGUGCCUACUUGAGUAUUCUGGAUUCAGAUAGGAGGUUGGCGGAUCAUUUCGGAGGCAAGAUGCAUUUAGGGUAUUUUAGGUUGAGAGAGAUGAUUGGAGAGUUUGAUGAGAGGAGGAGGAACCCGAAUGCACCACCGAUGGGGAUGCUGGCGACAACAACAGCUGGGCACAAUGGCGGCAGUGCGAACGGUCGGCCGGCACAGGGAUCAGCAACAGGAACAACGACAAGGACUCAGAAUGGUUCAGGUCUGGGUGGGUCACGGUCAGAUAAGGACAGGGAACGCGAGCGAGACUUUGAACGGGAAAGGGAACGUCGUGAUCGUGAACGGAAGGAGAGUCGUGAACAGCGUACAGCCGCCAACGGGGAUGUCGAGGGAAAACGUGCAGGUGAGGAGGGUGAGGUGGAAGAAGAGGAAGGCGAGAUGGUGCCAGCUGACAAUACAACAUCGCAGUCACAGGUCAAGGAAGAGGAUCGAAAACGCAGUCGCUCUCCUUCGGAGAGGUGA